AUGCGGUUCGGUGAACAGCUCCGUUCAUCUCUAGUCCAGGAGUAUUACUGGCACUACAUUUCCUAUGAAGACCUCAAAGAGGCGCUGAAAACAGACUACGAAACUUCUCCUACCCAGCAGAAUCCAAACCCGAAGCGAAAGCCAUGGACCGAAGAUGACGAGAAGCGCUUUGUUGCGCUGCUUGAAAGUGAACUGGACAAAGUCUCUACAUUUCAGAAGCUGAAAAGCGAUGAGAUUGUGCGAAGAAUCAAAGCUAGCGAACAAGAAGUUAAUGAUGUAGUAUCGAGAUUGGAUAGGGCUGGUGACGAGCAGAACAAUGGGGCCAGGCGACACAAUGCUCCUACGGACGAGGACUUUCUACUUCUCGAAGAAGAUCUCAGCGAUAUCAUUGCUGACGUGCACGACCUGGCGAAGUAUACUAAGCUGAACUACACUGGCUUUCAGAAAAUCAUCAAAAAACACGAUAAACAAACAAAAUGGUACCUAAAGCCUGUAUUUGCUACACGUCUUCGAGCAAAGCCAUUUUUUAAGGAUAACUACGAUGCCUUCGUCGUCAAGCUUUCCAAACUGUACGAUUUAGUUAGGACGAAAGGGAAUCCAGUGGAAGGCGACAGUGCCGCAGGUGGUAACCAGCAAAAUUUUAUACGGGAAACUACCAAAUUCUGGGUUCAUCCCGACAAUAUUACUGAAUUGAAGCUUAUCAUUUUAAAACACCUUCCUGUCCUCGUUUUUAACCCAACAAAAGAGUUUGAAGAGCAAGAUGCAGCUAUAUCGUCUAUUUAUUUCGACAAUACAGAUACCUGGGAACUAUAUAUGGGCCGCUUAAAAAAGACUGAAGGUGCUGAAGCUAUUCGACUACGCUGGUAUGGAGGGAUGGAAAAUGACCAGAUAUUUAUUGAACGCAAAACUCAUCGUGAGGAUUGGACAGGAGAGAAGUCUGUUAAAGCCCGGUUUCCGAUGAAGGAGAAACACGUCAACGCCUAUUUAACUGGGAAAAUGACCGUUGAAGAAGUAUUCGAAAAGCAGCGCAAGGAAGGCAAAAAAAGCCCCAAACAAAUUGACGAUUGGGAGCAACUAGCACGUGAAAUUCAAUAUCGUGUUAUUACUAGAAAUCUUGUCCCAGUGACGAGAACAUUUUACCACAGAACUGCCUUUCAGCUACCUGGCGAUGCCCGAGUUCGAAUCUCCCUGGAUACCGAAUUGACCAUGGUUCGGGAGGACAACCUUGAUGGACAUGAACGAGCAGGAGAUAACUGGAGAAGAAUGGAUAUUGGAGUUGACCAUCCUUUCCGUCAGCUUCCAGCUGAGGAUGUUGACCGCUUUCCUUAUGCGGUUCUAGAAGUCAAACUGCAGACUCAAGCCGGACAGGAAUCCCCUCAGUGGAUAAGAGAGCUAAUCUCUAGCCAUCUUGUCGAAGCUGUUCCCAAAUUCAGCAAAUUUAUUCAUGGCACUGCAAACUUGUUCCCUACUCGCAUAAAUCUACUGCCUUUCUGGAUGCCGCAAAUGGAUGUUGAUAUCAGAAAGCCAGUGAGACCCGGCUUUGGAAUUGCCAGGCCUCCGCAAUCGAAUCUUUCGACGAGUGAAGAUAUGAUGGACGAGGAAGAGUCUGAUGAUGAUGGAGGAGUUCGUUUCGACGCCGCCGGAGGUAUCGAUAUGAACGGCAACCAGAAUCAGAACGGCACAUAUUACCACGGGCCAGGUGAUAUUACUCAGGAUCAGCUUAACAUUGAUGCUACCGGUAAUUUUCUGGAUAUUGAAGAGCGCAUUGCAGCUCAAGGUCUGCUUGAAAGUGAUGAUUAUCCAUUGUAUGACUCUGAAGAUGAGUCAAACAGCCAGGAAGAGUUGGAAGAAGCGAGACAAAUUGGAGGAAUGCACUACCGUGCUAAGCUUGCGAAAUACUAUGCCCGAGAUGCUGGGCGCCGAGUCCUACGAGGUGUACAGUACGUCAUUCCGGCACCGAGACCAACCAAUCUACCCGAUGGGGCAGCACCAGGUCGGAUUCGAAGUAUCCUAGGCACUGGUCGAAUCGAGGUAAAGAGAUUUAAGGCGCCUAAAGGCAAACGUAUUCAUGUUCCACUACGCGUUGAGCCUAAAGUUUUCUUUGCCGCUGAACGAACAUUCCUUUCGUGGCUCGAAUUCUCCAUAUUCCUAAGCACUAUUGCCGCUACAUUGCUCAAUUUUGGCACUGACAUUAUUACCCUUGGCUCAGCAUGGGCAUUUACUGGUCUGGCGUGUUUGGCUUUAGUAUAUAGUUUUCUGCUAUACAUGUGGCGUGUCGACAAGAUUCGAAAAUAUAGGGACGUGAAAGGCGUGUAUUAUGAAAAGUGGGGACCGACUGUACUUUGUUUGGGAGUUGUAACGGCCGUGAUGUUGAAUUUUGGCCUAAGGAUCAACAAGGGCCUUGAACAGUGA